AUGCAGUAUGCCGAAGCGACGAGAAAUAUUCAAAUUACAGGUUUUGACGACACAAAUGUGCAAAAGGGGUCUUUAAAGUCGGUCACUUUUGAUCAAAACACAUUCUCAACAGCCAAAGUGCUAGAACAACUGAUCUUGAUAAAUCUGGAUCUCGGGUCUCUACCCACAGGAUUCCUGCCAUCCACUAUAUCUUUACUCACGAUGGAGAAUUGUAAUUUGGCUACUUUGCCCUCGCAAUUAGGCAAUCUUGCCAAUAGAAAUCUUGUGACACUGAAUUUAAACAAAAAUACCAUGACGAGCAUCACAGAUUCUGACAGCUCCGUUUCGGAGGCAUUGCAAGGCUUGACUACCUUGAAUUUGACGGACAACGCGAUCGCUACAUUUAAUGUAGCACUUCCAUCCGUCACAUCCUUAGACCUUUCGAACAACAAACUGACUGAGUUUCCUCCGGUCAUCUUCAACAUGACAAAUCUUAAUAUUCUAAACAUUGCCGGAAACAACAUCCAAAGUCUGACUGUAACAUCAACGCAGCACAAUUUUUUGCGAAAGCUUUCUGCCCAGAGCGCGCUGAGCAUCAAAACCAGCGAAUGCUCCAGUGGUAUUGCCACUGAAUUGCUCGACUCGGUCAUUUGCGUGUCUGACGAUGCCUUUUUGUCGAGUGAAUCUUCCAGCUCGUCUUCCAGUACUCUGGUCAUUGUUGUCGUUGUGCUAGCUGUGAUCCUUGUGUUUGGAGUUGCAGGAUUCUUUAUCUACCGUCAUCACAUGAAAAGCCGUGGCUAUCGUUUAUCCAAUACACCUGACAUGGUGGGAGUCGUCUCACCUCCUUCGCUUAACGAUAACCCCGCACGAAACAGGGCAGGUAGUCGCGGGCGGGCAUUUUCCCAGCAGCGACGUAGCUCAGGGCCCAAUAUUUUACUAGCCGGUCUCUCUGAUCAUGGCAAGAAAAUGUCAGAUGCUCAACCUCGACGCAGCAGUGGGCAAUUUACUGUUCCAGUCCGUGGAUGUGAUCGGCCAGUCAAAAGCUCUAUCAUCAGUGCAAACGUGGUGAAAAUACCGAGCGAAGAGCUCAACCACACACGUAAAAUUGCAAAGGGCGCUUUUGGUGAAGUGUGGCUCGCGUUGCACGGUAAAGACUUAGUUGCUGUAAAGAAGUUAAUAUCUGUGGAUGGAACAAGCGUGCAGGACUUCGUAUCUGAGCUGAAUUUGCUAGCAUCGCUGUCUCAUCGGUGCAUCCUCUCACUGAUUGGUGCAUGCUGGGAUGAUGAACUUACAGAUAUUCAAAUAGUUAUGGAAUACAUGGAUUCCGGCGACUUGCUUUCGGUACUGCGCCUCAACCCGUCUUCAAUUUUAACUUGGGAAAAUGGCAAGGCGAGUUAUUGCGUGCAAAUUUGCGAGGCAGUGUACUACCUACAUAGUUUGCAGCCCGCCCUCAUUCAUCGAGAUAUUAAGUCUCGAAACAUUUUAGUGGAUUCAAACAAGGGUGCCAAGUUGUCAGAUUUUGGUGAAAGUCGAGAGCGUACUGUUGCACGAACUAUGACAGCUGGUGUAGGAACUGCUCGCUGGGUGGCUCCUGAAAUUAUCUUGGGUGAGGACUACAGUGAGUUAGCUGACAUUUACUCACUUGGCGUAUUGCUUACUGAAUUGGAUACACACCAAAUUCCAUACCAAACACUGGGACUUGAGGAGUCAAUGAUUGUUCAACAAGUGGCGGUUGGAAAGCUGAGACCUAAGGUGUCUGACACAUGCCCAGAGAUCAUUCGCCGGCUGACACACGAAUGUCUACAGUAUGAUCCUAGUCUACGUCCGUCAGCGGCACGCGUGCUUCAAACUCUAGUAGCUUCACCACUUGUUCGUCGUCAAUCGGCUGUUUCGGUGGACAAUUCCACGUGA